AAACAAUGGAUCCAUAUCUUACUCAAAUGUUACUGUUAAAAAAAUCUCAAAUGAAAAUAAUGACAGAUUCUGGUCUGCUGAAUGUCUUUUAGACGAACAAAUUAUAAAAGGCAAAUUAAAAUAUUUAGUAAAAUGGGAAGGUAGAGAUAGAAAUGGGAAAGAAUGGGAUCCGACUUGGGAGCCACCAUGUAAUAUUUCUGAUGAUUUAAUAAUGGAAUGGAAUUCAAAAAAAUAUUCAAUGAAUAACAAUAAUUCAGGAAAACUUCGUAGAAAAUUAUCCACAAGUACCAUUAGUGAUGAUGAGCUAAAUAUGAAGGAAAUGAAAAGUCAAAAUGUUAUUGAAAUCUCAAGUAUUGAAGAUAAUAUUGAUUCAAGUGAUGGUAAUCAUACACCUCUGAUUUCUGAAUGUGAAUCAAUAUUAAAUAAUAAAUCAGCAGAAUUUCAAACAAACCAAGCCUUUUUAAAGUUUAUUCAUGAAAUUAGUUCAAGGAUGGAAGAUGGUAAAAAUUGUAAUUUAUAUUCAUCAAAUAAUGUUAAAGGUUAUAAACGUACUAUAAAAGAACAACAGAGGAAACAUUAUAGAAUGAUUUUUGAUAAAUGUGAAGAUUUUAUUGAAUAUUUAAAUUCAUCAAAUGAUACAUUAAAUAAAGAAGUAUGUGCUAUAAAAACAAAAUUAGAAGAAGAAAUAAAAAAAGGUUAUCCAAAUGUAGGACCUUCUGUAAUAAAGCUGGAAAGUUUACAAGAAGAAUAUAACAAUAUAAAUGAUUUGAAAAAAGUUAGAGAUGGAUAUAUCAAAGAAAUAAGUUCUGCGCGUUCUUCAGAUGAAAAUUCUGAGCCAGAAUUUUCAUCCAAAGAACAUGCAGAACUUAUUUCUUUAAGAUCAAUUUGUAAAAACUUAGAAGAAAAUAUUAAAUUGGAAGGAGUCAAUUAA